AUGUUUAGUAGAACUUUAUCAAAAUCAAUAGAAAGAUCAAAAUUUUAUAACACUAAUAGAAAUUUUUCAAUAUCAGAUUGGUUUAAAUCAUGGAAAGAAGCUGCACAAACUCAAAGAUUAAUUUAUCCACCAUCACCAACACAAUUUACAACAAAUAAUAGAAUAAUAGAUGUUUGGAUAGAUCAAAAACAAGAUUUAUAUAAUUAUAUAAAUGUUAAACCUCCAUUAUUAUUAAAUUUUACAACUGCAACUCCAAAAACAAAUAAAAUAACUCAAUCAUUAUUUGAAAUAUUAUCUGAUAAAUCAAAAUAUCCAUUAGGUAAAGAACCUGUUUAUAUGGUUAAUAUUUUAGCUGAUUCUCAAGGUGGUAGAGAAUUAAUGAUGGAUUAUGUUGUUGGUAAUAAAAUCCCAACUAUAUUAGUAUUAAAACAUCAAUUACCUGUUGGUAGAUAUAGUCCAGAUUUAGAAAAUUGUAAUGAACAAGAUUUAAUAGAUUUUAUAAAAACUAUAUAG